GAUGCCUGUGCUGUGUAAUGGAGUCUCAGUUAGUGAGCGGCCAUUGAGAGAGUAGGAAGCCCUGUGGAGAGGGGAGUCAAACAGCCCGCGUCGGACACUUCUGUUUUGGUUUUAGCCUUCGCUUUAUUUUUCUCUUGAUUUUUGGUUGUUUUCCCGCCGUUCUGGUGAAAGUUUCUUUGUGCGUGAGGCGUCAAGACAUUGGCCCGGGAAAAUGGAGAUGAAGAAGCGCAUCAGCUUGGAGUUGAGGAACAGGAAUCCUUCCGAGGUGGCCGAAUUGGUGUUAGACAAUUGUCGGUCCGUCGAUGGAGAGAUUGAAGGCUUGAAUGACACCUACAAAGAGCUGGAGUUCCUCAGCAUGGCCAACGUAGAGUUGAAAUCAUUGUCAAAGCUUCCAAAGUUACCUAAGCUCAGAAAACUGGAGCUCAGUGACAACAGUAUCUCUGGAGGGCUGGACGUGUUGACUGAAAGGUGUCCCAACAUUACUUACCUCAACCUGAGUGGUAACAAGAUUAAAGACCUGAGCACAGUGGAAUCGCUUGCCAACUUAAAAAAUUUAAAGAGCUUGGACCUGUUUAACUGUGAGAUCACAAACCUAGAAGAUUACAGAGAAAACAUCUUUCAGCGGCUUUCCCAAAUUACAUACCUGGAUGGGUUUGAUCAGGAGGAUAACGAAGCCCCAGACUCGGAAGAGGAUGAUGAUGAUGAUGAGUAUGAGUAUGAUGAUGAAGAACCAGGACCACGGGGUUACGAGGAAGAUGAGGAUGAAGAAGGUGCCUCAGAUUUAGGAGACGAAGAGGAGGAGGAGGAGGAGGAAGAAGUUGGGCUGUCGUAUUUAAUGAAAGAAGAGAUUCGUGAUGAGGAGGAUGAUGACGAUUACGUUGAAGAUGGUGCCGAAGGGGAGGAAGAGGAGGAGGAAGAUGAGGAUGAAGCAGCAGCAGCAGCUGAUCGGGGAGAGAAGAGGAAACGGGACCCAGAAGAUGACGGAGAUGAGGAUGAAGAUUGAAGCCAUUGUUUCUGGAGGCUAGGACCAGUCUCUUUUCUGAGCCCUUGGGUUAAUGCUAGAAUAAUGCAGAUCUGUAUGUCUCUACAUGUACAAUAGAUAUCCCUACAGAAUUUAACUUGGUAACUUUUUAUAGGCAAAGUGUGAUUUUACAAUUUGUGUGCCCUUUUUAUCAUUCCAAGUAAGAUGUAAGAUCCUGUUAGUACAUUUAGUUUCCCUUUCUGACCCCAUUGUAAUAUCUUGUGUUCCAGAGGGCUUAACCACGUUUUAGGGUCCUUUUAUGGGGGUGGGUUUAGGGUGGGGAGCCAUUAGCCCAGACAUGAAAUUGUUUCUCUGCUCCAUAGUUCUAAUAGGACUUGUAAAGCAAACCAAGAAUGCUUUAUGGCAUUGUCAAACGGCAGUCGUGGUUUCUGCCUCACCUUUAAAGAUGUUCACCGUUAACUUUUAGUAUCACGUAAGCAAUGAGAUUCUAACAGCAAUUCUUUGUUUUCAUUCUUUGUAGUUUUUGCAACUUUGCCUUUUGUUCUGCAGUUGCAGUUAAAACUCUGGUUGCUGGUUCCCACUUACCUUAGUAACCAGGCAGACUGAAAGCUGAAUAGGUGAGGGCCACAUCACAUCAUACUAAAAGUUAAUUUAAAGGUAAACAACCCUUCUUGAAGGUGGUUGGUUUUGACAUUGACAAAGCUGCUGUUUUAGGGUGAAGACACACAGAGCUACUAGUAGCAGCUACUUGUCACGGCUACUAAAAUAGACAAUGCUGAUCAUUUACUGAUCAUUGUCUCUACGUGUGUUUGGGCAGAGGCGAUUCUCGGUAUUGUCUAUGGCAGGGUAUUUGCUGGCAUUUAGUAGCCGUGAAAAGUAGCUGCCACUAAGUAGCUCCGUGUGUCUUCGCCCUGCAGAAUCUGUUUGCUUAAUAUUACACUAGGGUCGGCCACUUACCAUUUCCCUGUCCUUGGGAAAUUGCUGGUAACAGCUAAGGUUCAGUUUUGUGUUUAAAGUGAUUAAAUGGGACUUGCUGAAAUCCAGUAGUAUCACUGAGUGAUCUCUUUUCUGUAGAUAAAAUGAAGUGUAAAAACCCUUCCUUGUGGCUUUGACAUGGGUUUCUUGUUCCACAUGACACCUCAGAUGGCAGUUUCACUGCUUGCAUCGGCAAUCCUAAUGUUCCACUCAAGGUAGGAGCAUCUUCUGGUCACAGGGUGGAGCCUAGUAAAUUAGCACCGCCCCCCUUUUACUUUAAAAGAACAGUAACACCAAAAAAUUAAAAUAUAUUAAAGUAAUUAAAUUAUAAUGUACUUUUGCAUUCACUGGUGUGUUUGCUUCAGAAACACUACUAUAAUUUAUAUAAAUAUUGUGUAGCCCCGGAGGGCAGCUAUUUAAAAGGAGGAAAGGCACAGGUUAUAUAACGGCUAACAUAAACUCCGUAGAAUACAAUGGUGUCUUAUCUGUUAUCUGCUAUGUAGCGUGAGCCUUUUCUUUUUAUUCCAGCUUGAAUAGCUGCCCCCGGGGCUACACUAUCUUAUUUAUAUAAACUAUAGUAGCUGUACCAGUGCAGGGUAACAGUAAAUUGUAUUUUAAUUACCUUAAAACACUUUCAUGUUUUGGUGUUACUCUUUCUUUAAGAAACAUUUUUGAAGGCCAAACCCAUAGGGUUGGAACCACAGUCAUAAGCUGCCUCGUUUUUUUGUUUUUUUUUUAUAUGAAAACACUUGUUGCUACAGAAAUUCAGAUUUCAGUACCAUAAUGUUUCAUUAUUACAUAUUCUUUUAAGGAGGGGGGUUACUAUUGGCCAUUUUACAAUACAGAGAAAUGCACAUCCCUGCCUGUUUUCAUCUGGUUUUCUGGAUCCCUACACUCUUGGCAGACCAAGCAAGGAUGUCCGAUCUAACGCCACAAGACAUCACCAACUAUACAGUUUGUUACAUUCAUGGUUCUUGUAUUUAAUGGCAAAGUGUUGAUUAGUUAACGUGCUCAAUAACCUGGAAAGCAGCACCUCAUAUGACCCGUAUAUCAGCACAUAUUCCCUGAAACAAUUUGUAAACAUUGGAGAGUAAUAAUGAAUCCCUUAGAUGCCCGUUUCCCUUUUAAAAGACCAUAAUUGCUUGUUAAUAAAUGUUAACAGUGUCAUUAGAUUGUACUGGCAAACUUAAUUCUCUUUAAUUCCUGAUCUGUAGGGAGUAAUGAAUCCUGGGGGUUUGGAGUUAUUGGACAAGGGAAAUAGUUUCUUGGUUUCCAUGAUUUUAAACAUAUAUAAGUUUUUUCUUUGUUCCCAUCUGUGCCCAUAGCGGCAUCCCUAUGCUGUUGUAUAUUAAAGACAUAGAGGCAUGUAAGUCUGACUUCAUCACAUAGAUGCAUGGCUACCACAUGCUCCUUACAUACGACCAGGGCCUGGUGUGAUAUAUUUAUUCCUAUACCAAAAACCCUCUCCCUUGUAUCAUGCAAGCCACUUUAUGCAUCUUGGAAACAAAACUUUCUAUCUUAUCAUAACACCGGCCUUUCAAAUAUAUAUAUAUUUUAUUUUAUUUUUUUCGUUUGGUGAAAAUAUAUAAGGGCGGGUUUUUAUAUUUGCAGAGGGGGUUUGUCCUAUUUUAAAUACUCUUUUAUGGCAGUAUGUAUAUAGUGUGAUCGGUUACUUUUUUUGAUUCUCUACAUGUGCGACUUUGUUUUUGAAUAAAGCCAUAACAGUGUUACAUA